GUGGAAGACAGACAGACAGAAUUGGAGACACUGGACAAAGAGGGAAGGAUCCUGGAAGGAAGGCAUGAGGAGGCUUGGCAAGCCCUGCAGACAUCAUGUGCAUUCGAGAAAGACACUUCUGGUAUCUCCGUCCAAGAGGCCAAAGCCCCAUUGCAGAACUCCUGUGCAAUGCCAGCCUUAUCACAGGAGGCCAUCCAGGCCCAGAUGAACGAGGUGGAAGGGUCCAUCCUUAGCCGACUGUAUAAGAAACACAUCCAGAAAGAAAAGAAUCUGAUAUUAGCACUGAAAAACACCACCCUGCGGCAGGAGGUUGAGGACCUACAGUACCAAGCUGGGAACAGAUUGACCAUAUCAAGGCAGUUCCAGAAAGAUCUACUUCAGGACCUGGAGAAGGAGUCACAGGUUGGCCACUGCUGCAGCAGACGGAGAAGCCACUGAACCAUCUGAGUCCUGGGGGCCCGUUCCUCCUCCUCCAUAUUACCCUGCCCUCUGCUGCACCUCAGAGGCCUCUGUCCUCAUCGUGUAGACACAAGGCCUGGACCUACCAUGGCUCCCAGACUCACUGCUCCCUCCGAAGUCUGUGGAGGAGAGAGCAAGACUCGGCUCUUCUCCCAGGAUGGAUCAGGAGGAGAUGUAUAUAGGCAGCAACGCUGAUGGCAGAGGUUGCGCUACCAGAAUCACCCAAGAAGUGCCUUCCCUUAGUUGGCCCAGGGAACAAGCAAGCAGAGUUGUAGUUGUCGUCAUGUCCUGUCCCCUUGCUUCCCCACCCACAAACCCCGACCACCCACCCUGUCCUCAUGAGGGCUUUCAAGACUUCUCUCAUGGCUGCUGGCACCAUUUUUGUUCAUCUGACAAAGAGGGGACAGCACCCCCUGCCAGACCAUCAGCUUUACAAAGAACACACCAACCCAUCAAGUUCUUAUUAUCACACCUGUAAUUCUUCCUCAGAGAAAAACUGCAAAACACAAUCCAAGAAGAAAGAAUACAGGAGUGUUUCUGUUGAGAUGGGGGUCUCACCAUGUAGCCUAACCUUGAACUCAAAACCACCAUGCCUCAGCCUCCUGAGUGCUGGGAACACGGGCAUGUGCAGCCACAUCCAGCCAGAUAAAGAGUUGAAUUUGCUGUAGUGCUAAGCACUGUAAAUAUUUUUAAGCAUAUUUAUCUAAGGUCUUAAUGUGAAAAUUAAAUCUUUUUUUAAAAAUAAAACUAUAUUUUCAUGUUC